AAGCAUUCGGCUGCAUCAUCCCGUGGCUGCGCCAAAGCGACUUGGACUACCACGACAACCAUGCCUCUCUUCAACCGCGCAAAGAAGCGUGGUGACUCUUCCGACAAUGCCCAAGACCAGAAUGGAGGGCGUAAGAAGGAGAAAGGAAGCUGGAGGAAACCAGCAAAUACUGCGUUCAAACAGCAGCGUCUUAAGGCGUGGCAGCCUAUCUUGACGCCAAAAACCGUUCUCCCAACACUAUUCAUUAUUGGGAUCAUCUUUGCACCAAUAGGUGGCUUGUUGGUGUGGGGUAGCAGUCUUGUGUCGGAAAUGACGUUCGACUAUACCAAUUGCUGGAAUCAGUCAGUCUCGACGUCGCCCACCAACCUCUCCUGGGCGAACAUGCCUUACACAUAUAACCUACGAUCAUCGGACUCGGGCAAAACAAUCACACCUCCCCAAUUCGCUUACUACUACGAUGCUUCAGCACCAGAGGAUCAGAAGCAUUCAUGCUACAUCAACUUUGACGUCGUAUCCGACUUGGCUGCCCCGGUGUUCCAGUAUUACAAGCUCACUAACUUCUACCAGAACAACCGUCGAUAUGUCCAGAGUUUAGAUACGUCUCAAUUGCAAGGUGACUAUGUCAGUUCGGCUACUCUUGGCAGCAGCAAUUGCGAUCCUCUUGGCUCCGUAAACGGGAAGGCUAUAUAUCCCUGCGGAUUGAUCGCUAAUUCUGUUUUCAAUGACACUUUCUCUGGCUUUACGCCUGUUAAUUCGACAGGCAACCCUUUCUAUAAUUUCUCACAAUCUGGCAUCGCCUGGCCCGGUGAGGCUAAGAAAUACAGCGCCACGUCGGGUUACACCAAUAAUUUGGAUGAGGUCGUACCUCCUCCGAACUGGGUGCUGCGCUACCCAAGCUACCCUAACGCUAGUUCCAUACCGAACCUGCAAGCGGACGAGCACUUCCAGAAUUGGAUGCGGACGUCAGGUUUGCCGACGUUCACUAAACUUUAUGGACGUAACGAUACUGCUACCCUGCAAGCGGGCCAAUAUCAAGUCCUUGUCUACAUGAACUAUCCGGUUCAGGGUUACAAGGGAACAAAAUCUCUUGUUAUUUCUACCGUGUCUUGGAUAGGUGGGAAGAAUCCGUUCUUGGGUUGGGCUUAUGUUGCAGCAUCAUGUGUCUUUGUGUUCCUUGCAUUAGCGGGGACUAUCCGACACCUUCUCAAGCCGAGACGUUUGGGGGAUAUGACGUUGUUGUCCUGGAACCAAUAGAGCAUGUUGGAUUUUACGAACACUCGUAUGUACUGAAGGGUGGCCGAUUUGACCCUGUAACAUCAUUCCAUGAACUUAGCCCAUUGCAUAUCAUAUUCUAUCUAAUCUAUGAACUACAGUGAAGGGGUAUAGCCAAUGCCGUCGCAGCUUAUAAUGACGAAACCUGAUGGAUCCUCCUGGAGAUGGA